AUGUCCACUGCUGUUCCUCAUCCUCCCGGUGUCGGCGAUUCUUUCCAUAGGGCAGCCAAUCGGACCUCAUGUCAUCCUCAAAGCGACGAUUCGAUGACAGUCCUUCUGUACCACGAGUCUGGGAAUUACUAUACAAGAAACCACUCUGAUGAACAUACCCGCUGUCUCCAACAACUCUCUGAUUUUCAGGGCCCUGCAAUUAAGAAAAACUUCUCGACGCCAAUCCUUGUGAACGAUCAACUCGCUCGAGGACUCCCUUUGGACGAUUUUGCCCAGGCUGUCACGCUCACAUUCAAGUUUUUGACGAAAGCUUCCAUGGAUAUUGAUCGGUCAUCGAAAACGGUGCAUUAUCGGCAACUCAACCAUCUGAGAUCUGCAUACCCCUCAUCGAUAGAUGGAACACGGAACAUAUGCAAUGUACAAAAUGCUAAAAAUCCACACCUCGUACUUAUCCCACACACGAGCAAGGAAAACGAGAGGAGUUCUCGCGUUGUCAAUAGUCCCCUCUCCACUGGCAUGACCGACAGGGAACAGCGAGGCGUCAGGUGGGUCCCUCCAUCCCGUGGAGCUGCUUCUUCUGGUGACGUUAGAGAUAUCACAGUGAUUCGAGCGUACUGGCGUGAUUGUUUGCGCCGUCUGGGGCAGACAGUCGUCAACAGUGCAAGGCCCUGA